AUGCCCGAUUUCUUCGUCUUAGCCCGUGUUGUCGGGUCGGAUGGUGCCUUUCCCAAGUGGAAGGAAAGGCUUGUACCGUUAUGUGAGGUGUCUGCCACAGAGCCAUAUUCGACGUCCUACUACUGGGGACAAGAUGUCGAUGGGGCGCCUGACACGUUAUGGGGUCUGGAAGGCUACGCUCACCCCAUUGGCUUCUUCAUCGGCCAUCCAGCCUCAGACGUCUUCAAACGAGAAAUGAAGAAGGUCGACGAAGACAAACUUCUUCGACGUGUGCAGGGACUCGGUAGUCCAGACUACGACCUACACUACUAUGACAUGCAUUAUGGCUUUCUGACUCGCCCCGACGACAAAGACAAAGACAGUAAAGACAGCUUUGUUGCGGCGAUCCACUUCUGGGCACCAGAAGGGCGUCGUAAGCAGCUCCUAGGAACCCUGUCAGCUGGCGUUGAUCGAGUCCGGGCCUCAGAGAGUGCACCACACAUCACCAUUCAAAGCUUUGCAGUCCUCAAAGAAUGUCUUGAUGUGAACAUGGCGACCCUCUACAUUCGGACAAGGAGCAGAAAAGAUUGGGAGACUCUUCAAUCCUCUACCAUCUUCAAGGAGCUUUUGAGCCAUAUUGAACCUGUGAACGAGAAGUCGGAAAUACAUCAGUCACAGGCAUUCAACGGUCACAUCGACCAGACGCCCCCUAUUGGGCCAGUCUGA